GCCAACGAGAACCUACACCGUAUGCUCAUCUACCUCCCUGCAAACCCCAACAGGACCAAGCUCUGAACACACCACAGCAUCACUGAAGUAGGUAGACCAAUGUUACCACAGGAGAGCCUUGGAAGACUGGUCGAGAGCUUCGGGCAUCGAUAUCAACAUGUUAAGUGUUAACCUGUGUACGUUACCCCAUGUUUGGGGGCCGAAGGAUUCGUGUCUAGGCAUAAUAACUGUUGAGAGCACCCCCUCAUGUUUAAGGCCGUCUCAACCCAACUCUUCGCUUUUCUCUGGUCUGCAAAGUACCUCGCCUUAGACACUUGUUCUCCCGUUUGAGGAUCCUUAGCAAUGGUAUCCUAUAGCCCUCUUGACCCGCAAGUCCCCGAAAUCAGAGUUCUCAAACUACUGCGAGGCAAGGGCGACAGUCCGAUCCAGUGCGAGCUAAAGACGGUGUCUCUUCGAAAGCCGCCGGCGUUCAAUGCGCUCUCCUACGUCUGGGGCAAUGCAGCAAUAACGAAACCUAUCAUAGUCGACGGCAGUCCCUUUGAAGCUACUGUAAAUCUUGAAGCAGCACUCCGCGCUAUCAGGUCGCCACUGAGAUCUCAGCUGAUCUGGGCAGACGCCGUCUGCAUCAACCAGAAGGAUGUGGAGGAGAAAAAUACCCAAAUCCCGCUGAUGAGCGACAUCUACUCCACCGCGGCAGAUGUCGUUGUCUGGCUGGGUCCAUCGAAUCCUAACAUCAAGCUGGCCGUGUCGUGGGCGCGUGAAUGGAAGUCGUCCAUCCUCCCCGCCUCGCUCUCAUGGGCGAAAGUGAACUUGGCGGCCGACUUUUCGGCAAAGGGACGGGAAGCGCGCAAGAUCGCUUAUUUGCGGACGUAUGAGGGGUUCCUAGACAUAUUCAGCAUGCCCUACUGGACUCGGAUGUGGACGUACCAAGAGUACUACUUGGCAAAACGCGAUCCCAUAUGCCUAUGCGGGGAGAUAGAAUUCAGGGCCACGCUCCUUGCCGAGUUUCUGGACGACAUACAUUACGUACUCUGGAACCAGAUCGAGGACCUCUACAACGACACGGACAAAGGCACUACAGCAGCUGGCGAGCAGGACGAGUUUAUCAACCAGUUCGCCAAGUUCAAGGACACACUAGCAGAGAAGAACGCCCGUGCCCCCCAUAUUCGGCGCUCCCUGGAGCCAUCCCCUCGCCCAGUGGCUCGCCUUUUGUCGGCCACUGCCGGGCUGAAUCACUAUGAUCCCCACGACAGAUUCUACGGCGUCUACGGCAUGGUACCCGACUGGGCGAAGGCGUAUCCGGCUGAUUAUAAGAAGCCGGUAGACCAAGUGGUCAUAGAAACCACAGUCUACCUGAUCCACCACGAAGAAGGUCUGAAGAUGUACUACACUUUCCCCCUGCUCGACGACAGGCUGUCAGGCAGUCGCUACCCCUCCUGGGUGCCCAACUUUAAUGCUCAAGACAAACAGUCUCCCAACAUGCAUGUACCGGGCCACUCAGUGCUUGACAGCUCUCUGUCGGUUUACGAGGAGGCACCUCCUGCCCGUGUGAGCGAAGACAUGACGACACUGAGCCUCUCAGCCCGGAACCUUGGGGCAUGCGAAGUUGUAUUUCACUUUCACGAGCAACGCCCAGGAGUUCUGAAGCAGAUCUGCGGAUUACUGAAAACGGACCCUGCUUCGUUGCCGGGAGACAGCCCCCUUAAGAGGAUCAGAGACCAGGGGACACUCAUCCAUCGACUCGGAUGGGCUUGCGUGGUGUUCGACAAGCAGAACGAGUCUUUUACGAUCGAGGAGGUGCUUGAGAGUUUUGACGAACUUGCUGCCAACUACCUGGAAUCUGAAUCCGUUCCUUUCGAGAAAGCCUUUUAUGCUCUGGAUGCAUGUAGCAAAAGCGUCAAAUGGCUCGUGGGGAAAACCUUGUUUGUCACUGAGAGCGGCUUCUUCGGAAUAGGGGUUCGCGAUAUUGCGGAUGGUGACAUCCUGACAGUCGGACCUCAAGCCAAUGCUCCCCUUGUUCUCCGAAGAGUGGAUGAUGAUCAUCACAAAAUGGUGGGUACGGCCUAUGUCGAUGGCCUGAUGGCCCCGAAGUCUCUGGACGAGUCGCUUGUGAGGGAAGUCAGAGAAAAGGAGCUAGAAAGCUUCUCGAUUCGUUGACGAGUUGAAGAAAGCAGGAGCCAGCUUGCGGUUUACAGGAUACUUCUUGGCUAGCAUUGCAUUUCCUUGCCACUCUAUUCACAUUCUGUAUUGCAAGUGAGCGGCUGCAGUAGGUCAGAGAGACAUCGAGGAUUCGAGUGCUCAGCCAGUCUGUCAGUCGCGGAGAGCGGAGAAGGGUUGAGGGCAGUCAAAUGGAUCCCUUGCCAGUGGGGCAAAGUAAGUUACCUCAAUUGGCUACGGGUAAUUACACUGUUUGUAGGUAAUUACAUGUAACAGUGGGGCACCAGAAUACCAUCGGCG